CCAGGAUCCUCCAGCCUCAACCCCUCUCAGAUGCUGGGAUUGCAGGCCUAGGGUACCAUGCUUGGUGCCCUCAGAUCCCAGUACCCUUCUAUACCUCUGGGAGCUGAUCAAAGUCUUUCUCCCACGUACAGUCUGCUAUUGUGGAGAAAUUGUGUGGAGCUAGGUGUGGUGCAGGGCUGCAGUUCAGUUCCAGCCAUUUGGGAGGCUGAGGCAGGACAGCUGCUGGAACUCAGGCACCUGGACAAUCUAAUGAGACCCUGCCCCCCACACCAAAAAAGCAUUUUAUUAGCACGUUAUUUUUCACCUCCCUUUGAAACCCUCUGCCUUCCUCAUGGGGUGCUGGUGUCAGCAGAAGUCAUGGGGAAGUGGUGCCUGGGAGUUAGCAGAGGAGGAGUGAGUAGAAAGGGGAAGUAUGAGAGAGGUCCCAGAGGAGACUGUGGAAGGACGAGCAGGCAGACAGACUCCAUCUCCCCACCUAAGACCACCAGCAUCUGCUGAGCCAUGAGCCAAAGCAAGGACUUGCAGGGAGGAAAAGCUUUUGGACUACGCAAGGCCCAGCAGGAGGAGGGGCUGAAUGAGAUCAACAAGCAAUUCUUGAAUAAUCCUAAAUACUGCAGUGAUGAGGACCUGCCUUCCAAACUAGAAGCCUUCAAGAAUAAGUACAUGGAGUUUGAUCUGAAUGGAAAUGGAGACAUUGAUAUUAUGUCCUUGAAGCGAAUGCUGGAGAAACUUGGGGUUCCUAAGACCCACCUAGAGCUAAAGAAAUUAAUUAGAGAGGUGUCCAGUGGCUCCGAGGAGACGUUUAGCUACUCUGACUUUCUCAGAAUGAUGCUGGGCAAGAGAUCCGCCAUCUUGAGAGUGAUUCUGAUGUAUGAGGAAAAAAACAAAGAACACCAGAAGCCAACUGGUCCCCCGGCCAAGAAAGCUAUUUCUGAGUUGCCCUAACGGCGGUGGAUGUGCACAGGGUGGGACUGGAGGGGCCGUCUAAUGUCAGCAGAACGGAAAGAAGUAGCUGUGAGCCAGAGUCAAACUAAAUAAAUAACGCUCCCUACC